AUGCUGGGUGCGGCAUGCGCACUAGUGCUGUCAACCCUGUCAGCAAAGAAUGGUCUCACCGUCUCUAAUGGACGUCAUUAUCAAGUCAACCAUUCCACUGCCGCUGUAAACAUUCUUGCGUGGGUACACGCAUGCGAGGAAUGUCAGGGAUGCAGGACUAUUGAUAAAGGUUGUAGUGUGUCCUACUCAGGCGCUAAAGACUUUUGGGACAUUGCGGCGCUUUCGGAAUCUGACCAGUCGGGCUCCUCCCGCGUCAAAGUUCUCUCCACUCACUGUCAUGUGAAGCAGCCGGACGUGAGCAAUAAAUGCCGAACGGCCAUGUUUUCUUUCGCUAAGAACUUCGGUCUGUCUGUCCGCAAUUCGCUCCUCGGCAAAGAACAGGUCUCCCUCCCCCGACGGUGA